CAACUGUUGCCACAGAAGCAUUCACAUGAAAAGCUCUGUACCUCUAAUUCAAGAGGCUGACUGAACAAAAUAACAAUCAUCUCACUGGUGUUCUCAAGUUGUUUCAUGAAAAAAAGUGACUCAGGAUGGGUCAGACAUUACAACGUGCUGCGCAGUGGACAUCUGCAAAAGAUGGAGCAAGAGGAAAACUUGAGUUCUCCACCCUGAACGAGGAUAUUCUCAAUCAUAUUCUCAAUUUUGCUGAGGGCAGUGGUGGCAAAACAGCAGAAGAAAAUUCACUGGUCUUCAAAAAGCCAUUAGUAUGGACCACUUCAUUAAAACCCUCUGCAUUUUCAGGAUCUGGCUAUGUGGAAAAAGGCACAUCAGUUGUUUCAGAGGCAACCUCAGCCAAAGAUGGGUCACCAUUGUUGGAACUUAAUGGCAACAAGCUUAGCAUUCUCACAUUGGAGCAAGGAGAGCGUGUUCUGCAAAUUGCUGGAGACAAGAAAAUGGUGGAACUCAGGGCUUGCUUAGAAGAGAACAAAGAUCCAGUGGCAAAUAUGUUGGGAGAUCGCUUUGCCACUGUUGAUGGGGCUGACAACUCUAUCUAUCGCUACAUUGAGGAGAUAAACAAAGAAAUCGAACAGCUUGCCAAAACAUCUGAAGGAAAUGAAGAGAAAAGUAAAGAGCUUGAAGAGAAAAAAGUGGUGAUCAGUCUUAGGCUGAAGUUGCUUCGUCUUGAUGAGCAGAUGCUGAAUGCCAGCAUUAUCAAGAUCUCAAAUGAUUUGAGAUUGAAUCCUAAAAUUGUGGACGGGGAAGUGUCUGUGCUGAAACAGGUUUCUGGUGAUGACUCAAACAAACAUGCACUGGAGUUUAUCAAUUAUUAUGGUGAAACAUAUGUGUAUCAGAAUGGCUGCAGAGCUCAACCUUGGAGGCAGCUAAAUGGAGAUAUUUGCUACCUGGUGAUCAAGUGUUUUGACAUGGAAAACCCUAUCUAUGUCACUGCCAACACGAGUGGAUACUAUCUAAACAAGGGCCCAUCUGAUGACAAGAGUGGUCAGCUGGACUAUGAAAAGCCUGAUGCAGACACUUACAAAGACCUUGUCACACUCAUCAAAGCCAAAUCUCCAAAGUUUGCUGAAAUGAUUGAGAAACAGGAGUUCACAGUGAAGCAGAAAGAGACAAGCCUAGACCAUCAUGGAGCCUACAGCAAAGAUGAUGAAGUGGACGGAGAUCAGACGUUCCGCUCUGAGCACCAAGCAACCUGGCAGCAGAAAGAUCAGCAGCAGGAUAAAGAGCGUAAACAGAAGACACAGACCAAGGCGAGACUGGAACCCUCACUCAAGUGGAAGGCCCUUGGCCUGGAAGAGGAUCAGAUGUCGAAACAUUCACAACAAAUUAAGAAGAAACGGAAGAGUUCUGUCCUAGUUGAUCAAAGGAAAAAAACAAGCAGUAAAACACCAGUGGGAGAGCAGGAGGAUCAUUUCAGCGAGAGCUCUACAGAGAGUGAAGAGGAAGAAGAGGCAAUUGAAAGAAGAGCGGAGGCAAAUGCGGACCUGCCGUCGGAGUACUGGCAGAUCCAGAAACUUGUGAAAUACCUCAAGGGAGGUAACCAAACAGCGACCAUCAUUGCAUUGUGCUCCUUGCGAGAUUUCAACCUGGCACAAGAGACGUGCCAACUGGCAAUCCGUGAUGUCGGUGGACUGGAGGUGCUGAUCAACCUUCUGGACACUGAGGAGGUCAAAUGCAAGAUUGGAGCUUUGAAAAUUCUGAAAGAAAUCUCUCGCAACACUCAAAUCCGUCGUGCUAUCGCCGACCUUGGAGGCCUUCAGACUAUGGUCAAGAUCCUUCGUGAUGCAGACAAGGAUCUGAAGUGCCUGGCAGCUGAAACCAUUGCUAAUGUCGCCAAAUUCCGCCGUGCCAGGCGCACAGUCAGACAGCAUGGAGGUAUUCAACGUUUGGUGAACCUCCUUGACUGUGUGAAGCUGACCAAUGUGACGAUGACCCCUGAGAUGGAGCUGAGUGUGGAGGUGGCGCGCUGCGGUGCGCUUGCACUGUGGAGCUGCUCCAAGAGCAAAAAGAACAAAGAGGCCAUGCGCAAAGCCGGCGCCAUCCCUCUGCUGGCCAAACUGCUCAAGUCAGAGCAUGAGAACAUGCUGAUACCUGUGGUGGGCACGCUGCAAGAGUGUGCCUCUGAGCCCAGCUAUGGUCUUGCCAUCAGGACAGAGGGAAUGAUUGAGGAUUUGGUGAAAAAUCUGAAGAGUUCCAAUCCAGAAUUACAGAUGCACUGUGCUUCAGCCAUAUUCAAGUGUGCAGAAGAAAAGGAGACUCGUGACCUUGUGCGGCAGUAUGGUGGCCUUGACCCUCUUGUAGGCCUGCUAAGCAGCAACAAUGAUGACAAACAGCUUCUUGCUGCUGCUACCGGCGCCAUCUGGAAAUGUUCCAUCAGCCCUGAGAAUGUGCAGCGCUUCCAGGAACUCAAGGCCAUCGACCUGCUUGUGGGACUCCUCAAUAACCAGCCUGAAGAGGUACUGGUGAACGUGGUGGGAGCCCUCGGAGAACUAGCCAAGGACCCUCCCAACCGUAUGGCUAUCCGCAAGGCUGGAGGUAUAGCCCCUCUGGUCAACUUGCUCACCGGCACAAACCAGGCGCUGCUGGUCAACGUGACUAGGGCGGUUGGAGAGUGUGCCGAGGAGUCGGAGAACAUGAUAAUCAUCGACAAGCUGGACGGGGUGCGACUGCUUUGGUCACUGUUGAAGAACCAGAACAAGGAAGUACAGGCGAGCGCUGCGUGGGCCAUCUGCCCCUGUAUCGAGAACGCCAAG